UUAAUAGCUUAUAGCCCAACUUCAGUUUAGGGUUAUAACCAGCAGCCAUGGCUGUUUGUCUUCAACGAUGAGGCUGCUUCGUCUUCCACGAGAAAGAGUUCACAGUCUGGCGACCAUCUCCGAUCUGCCUCGCCCUUCUUCUCAAAGCCCAGCUAUUCACAACCUUAAUGGAUUUGGCCUUUGUGCAUAAAACUUGGGAGAAGUGGGCAUCUAACCAUGUUGGUUCUUCUGGUCAACCAUUGAAGGCUGCUUUGCUGAUUAACUAUGACCCAACUGGACCAUCUCGUCUGUUGUCUACAAUUGCAGAGCAAGAAGGGAUAAAAGCAGAUCCUGUUGAACUAAGCCAAUUUAUUGAUUUCUUCAAACGGAACAAACUCCAAUCAGAGAGCUUUUUUGUUGGGACAAACCAAUACAUUGUCACAUCAAUUCAUGAGAAUUGGUUUUGUGCAAGGUCCAUGAACACUACCAAACCCACUGGUGAAGGUGCUAUCGUAACACAGACAGCAGCAUUUCUCUUGGUUGCAUUAUAUGAUGGUUCCAUUGGCUCAGCAUCCCGUGCUAUGGUGGUGGUUGAUCAGCUUGCAUGGCAGUUAGGUCGAAGAAACCUUUGAUGUCUGACGUCAUUUGCUCUAUGGUGCUUUGGGUCACAUGUUGAGUACUCGUUGCAAACCAGGUCUUUCUGGGAAGCUAUUCAAAACCAGACUUGCUGAGAACCUCAUCAACGUUAGGAUAUGAUGAGAGGAACCCUGUUGAAUUUUGCAUUGACGAAACAGGCUGUGUGAUAAUGAUGUACAAAGUCGCUUCUUGGAUUCUGAUGUAGCUGCUCUCGUGGUUUCAAAACAUUAGUUUGGAACCAUUGGGGAAUUCGACAGUUUUUUGUUUAGUUAAUUCCAAACUUAUUUGCAGGCUCAUUGUGUUUUGUUGUAACGAUGUUGAUUACUUGUGUACUGGAAUUGGGAGGAUACGAGGGUAUGGCUUUUAGUAGGUAGGCUCCGGUUGUGUGAUUACAAGACAUGGUUUCUUUUCAAGUGUCUUAACUUUAUCUUU